AUUUCGUUCUCUGCGAAGAAAAAAAAAAAAAAAAAAAAGGUUCUUUCGUUUUCAUCGAAACAAUGGCGAAGAACGUUGGGAUUUUAGCUAUGGACAUCUAUUUCCCUCCCACCUGUGUUCAACAGGAAGCGUUGGAAGCACAUGAUGGAGCAAGCAAAGGGAAAUACACUAUUGGACUUGGCCAAGAUUGCUUAGCUUUUUGCACUGAGCUUGAAGAUGUGAUCUCUAUGAGUUUCAAUGCGGUGACAUCACUUUUUGACAAGUAUAAGAUUGACCCGAAGCAAAUUGGGCGUCUUGAAGUAGGUAGUGAGACUGUCAUUGACAAAAGCAAAUCCAUCAAAACCUUCUUGAUGCAGCUCUUUGAGAAAUGUGGAAACACUGAUGUAGAAGGUGUUGACUCGACCAAUGCUUGCUAUGGAGGAACUGCAGCGUUGUUAAACUGUGUCAAUUGGGUUGAGAGUAACUCAUGGGAUGGACGUUAUGGCCUCGUCAUUUGUACUGACAGCGCGGUUUAUGCAGAAGGACCUGCGAGGCCCACUGGAGGAGCAGCAGCGAUUGCUAUGUUGAUAGGACCUGAUGCUCCUAUCGUUUUCGAAAGCAAAUUGAGAGCAAGCCACAUGGCUCAUGUCUAUGACUUUUACAAGCCCAAUCUUGCUAGCGAGUACCCGGUUGUUGAUGGUAAGCUUUCACAGACUUGCUACCUUAUGGCUCUUGACUCUUGCUAUAAACAUUUAUGCAACAAGUUCGAGAAAAUUGAGGGCAAAGAGUUCUCUAUCAAUGAUGCUGAUUACUUUGUUUUCCACUCUCCAUACAAUAAACUUGUACAGAAAAGUUUCGCUCGUCUCUUGUACAAUGACUUCUUGAGAAACGCAAGCUCCAUUGACGAGGCUGCCAAAGAAAAAUUCACCCCUUAUUCAUCUUUGUCCCUCGAUGAGAGUUACCAAAGCCGUGAUCUUGAAAAGGUGUCACAACAACUUGCAAAAUCGUUUUAUGAUGCUAAAGUGCAACCAACGACUUUAAUACCAAAGGAAAUUGGUAAUAUGUACACCGCUUCACUCUACGCUGCAUUUGCCUCCCUCAUCCACAACAAACACAACGAUUUGCCGGGAAAGCGGGUGGUUAUGUUCUCAUAUGGAAGUGGUUCAACCGCAACUAUGUUCUCAUUACGCCUCUGCGACAAUCAGUCCCCUUUCAGCGUUUCAAACAUCGCAGCUGUAAUGGAUGUCGGCGGUAAAUUGAAGGCUAGACAUGAGUAUGCACCAGAGAAAUUUGUGGAGACAAUGAAGCUAAUGGAACAUAGGUAUGGAGCAAAGGACUUUGUGACAAGCAAGGAUGGUAUUAUAGACCUUUUGGCUCCGGGUACUUAUUAUCUGAAAGAGGUUGAUUCCUUGUACCGGAGAUUCUAUGGCAAGAAAGGUGAAGAUGGAUCCAUAGCCAAUGGACACUGAUUCUUGAAAUUGAAAGGAACAAAGUCACCUGCAAAAAAUGUUAUGUUACUAUGCACCAUUUUAAUCGUUCUAUAAGUUUCUUUCUUGUUACUUUUGAUUUUAGGGACUUGUAUGUUCUGUUUUUUUUUAUUUACUAUUGAUUUACUUCUCUCAUGCAAAUGAGAAUUUGGAUAUUAUUGGAAAGCUAUUUCGUCUGUGUGUUCA